AGAACACCGGCCAAACAGCACCAUCACAGGCAGGCAGGCGGGCUGUGAGAGAGAGGAGGCGGAGGGGGCUUUUUUACCCGAUCAACACAACAUUUAGCUAACUGGUACUGUCUAAAAUGUUUCCAGAGCUAGUUAUAUCCCAGCAGGAACAGUAACAGUAGGUACUCACUGACAGACAGCGCUGCGUUAUGGCCUGUCCCCCGGAAAGUGAAGUCCGAGCUGUGGGCUCCAGUGAACCUGCCGCCGCCGGGAGAGGGUCGGGGGCCCGGGCUCCUAUCCGACAGUCUCCCGCAGUCCUCGCAGCCUCCCCGGGGUCCGUGAUGGUGGAGUCCGUGGACGACGCGGAGGGACUGUAUGUUGCGGUGGAGAGAUGUCCGCUUUGUAACACGGCGAGACGCAGGCUGACCUGUGCUCGCUGCAUCCAGGCGGGAGAUUUCGUUUAUUUCGACGGGAGAAACCCGGAGAGAUACACAGAAAAAUUGGAAAAACUUAAGAAGAUGAAAAAUGAAAAGGAAAAUCUUCAGCAAAGAGUCACCACAGCUAUGGACAAGAAGGUCCAGGCAGACCAACUGAAGUGGAAAAUCAUGUCCUGCAAGAUGAAAAUUGAGCAGCUGAAGGAGGCGAUCUGCAGUGGGAAUGAAGAAGUAAGAGGCGGCAAAGAUCUGUUGCUGCGCUCGCAGGAAGAAGGCCAGAGGCUGCAGCGGCGGGCCUUUCGGCACCAGGAAAAGAGGGACAAGAUAGAGCGACAUAAUCGUCGCCUGAGUGAGCUGCUAGAUAAAAGGAUAAAAGAACUGCAGGGCCGAUUAGAGGCUCUGGCUGAGGUGCGGAAGGGUCACAUCCUGGAACUCACCACCCACAUCUUCCCCACACAGGAGGAGAAGCAGGGCAGCAGGGACCCAGCUGAUCCUGCUGUGGCCGAGUAUGACUUUGCCCUCACGUCCAGCACUGUGAGUGAGUUAGCUGAGGCCCGACGAACGACUUACAUGUCUGGACGCUGGAUUUGGGAUGACCAGAAUGGAGAGACGAGCAUCAGUAUCACUGGACCUCAUGUCACUUUGCCCAGCAAUGGAGACUGUUCUGCCUACUACAACUGGGUAGAGGAGAAAAGCACUAAUCCAGGUCCAGAGCUGGAUUAUAUCAAUCCAGCACACACCAUUAGUGCAGCGCUCUGCUAUGCUACCCAGCUUGUUAACAUCCUCUCUCAUAUUCUGGAUGUCAAUCUGCCUAAAAAGUUGUGCAACAGUGAAUUCUGUGGUGACAGUUUGACCCGUUACAGAUUUACUCGUGCUGUCAACAAGCUUAACACCAACAUCUUGCAUCUCUGUUUCUCCCAGCAUGUGGACAGUGAGCUGCUUCAUCCCCAUCACACUCUGAGGAACAUCAUGUUUCUGGUCUCUCCUGAUAACAAGAAUCUUGGAAGGACUGGGCCCUUUGAGGUGAGUGCAGACCUGGAAGACUCGAUGGAGUUUGUGGAGCCGGAGGCAGCAGGUCCUGCAGAGGAGAGUGGAGAUGAGGCAGUGACUGAUGAAGAGACCGACUUGGGUACAGACUGGGAAACGGUGCCCAGCCCUCGCUUCUGUGAUAUCCCUUCUCAGCCCAUGGAUCUGUCUCAGAGUACAGCCAUGCAGGCCUCCCAGCCAGUAGGCAAUGCUGGAGGCAUGAUCUCGUCUGCUGCUGCCUCAGUGACCUCCUGGUUCCGUGCCUACACUGGUCAGCGCUGAGAACACGCUAUGCAAACGGGCAAUGCGUUCCUCCCUCUUUUAUCAGCUCUCAUUAGGAAAAAGGGAUGUUUUCUGUCACAUGACUGCAUGUAGAAAACAAAUGUGUGUUGACAGUGAGGGGGAAGGGUGCCAUUUCCAAAAACAACUAGUUCUGAUACGAAGGGCAAAGCAAGGCAUCUGCUGACUUGCUGAGAUUUGUGACCUUUUGUAGCUCACCAACACUGUAGAGUUUCCCCCUCAUGAUCCACAGUCAAGCAUCGAUCGUCUCUUCUUUAAAGCUUAAUUGUUUGGGGAGAUUGUCCUCAGCAGGGCAGGAAAAUAAUACACUAAACAUGUUACAAUUUGGUUGACUGGCCAAAGUCACACACAGUUUGCUGGCUGAGCUCACCAUGGCCAUGUCUGUGCACCUCUGAACUGUUGGGUGUGAGAUUGCUGUUAUGAGGUUGUCCUGGUGGUGGCUCAGUGUGUCCAGGUAUUUUAGCAGAAUUUUGCAGAAAUACUUUAUGUAAGGCAUUGUGUUUGCCAGACUCACCUCUGGCAGAAUGAUUGUGAUGGCAGGCUUCAGCUUGUCAGAAUUUAACUAAAAAUGCACCUUUUCACCAGCUAUUCAAAGACCCAUACUGUAUUAACACUGCAGUAGAGUCUGGGAAUGAAUUAUUGCCAUGGGUGUGUGUUUGUAUCUUAUUUUAUUACAUAUAUAUAAGGCAUUUUACUUAAAGAAAGAAAUAAUAGUUGGGUGCUCAUUUUGUUAUCUUAGCAAUCUUGACUUUGUUUCAACUGCUACUUUGGGCUCUGUUAAGAGUAAACAUGAAAACCUGAAAUAUUGAUUAAAAAGGACACUUCAGACUUUA